UUUCACCAGAGUUUCUCCUAAUGUUCAAUAUGAUGCCGCCAGCACAGCAAAUGCAAAACAAGUUGAAUGCAGAGGUUCCCUGUUUUUCCUCAGCCAUCUAUGCCCGACAGGAUAAAACAUGUAUCCCCCCCUCUUUAAUCCCCAUAGAAUAGUUUGACGGUAAUGUUUGAUUACAAAGUAAUUCAUAAAGAAUAAAAGAUUCUCUAACUACUUCCAUCUUCUCCCUUUUGGGCUUGCCACAGCAGAUCAUCUGUCUCCAUCUUGCCCUAUUUCAGAUUACAUAAUGACAAUGUGUUUACUCUUUGUACUGCGAAGCCUUUGUAGGCCUUGCAAUUCAUGAUCAUUUUAAUCGCUGUGCUAGUCGAGUAUAUUUUAGUGUGUCUGAGUGUUUCCUCCUACCUUUGUGUACAAGAGGAGAAAUGCUAUCGCUUGUUUCUCAACAUAUGCCAGAUUUCUGAAAGGACUUUGGCUUGGAUCCUGUAUAGUCAUAAGACUUCUGGCACACAGUGCAAUCUCAUUUGUGGACUGUACCAUUUUCUUCACGUGUUGUAAGGUUUUGGAUAAAACCAGACUUUAGAGGUGUUGAAGACUGACACUGUCUGGGCUCUUUACAGCCAAACAAAUCUGUAUUUCAGGAGGCUCUCACUAAUCACAGUACAAUUCAUAUACAGAGCAGCAAUGGUUCUCAAACUAGACAUUUUUAAGCUAGAUUUUAUUGCCAAUGUUAAAAUACAGUGGUGUCAAUAAGCUGAGUAAAGUCAGCUGCUGCCAUAGUAGGACACUGGUAUAGCAGAAUUAGAUUGAGUGAGAGAUAAGGUAACUAAUUAUUAUUUCUUUAUUUUUUGUUAUUUGUUUGAAAUAAAUUCCUGACCACUCAGAUCACAUACCCUAAAAAUACAGUAGAACAAUAUUUCUCCUUUUCCUUCAAGCACCACAAGAGGAAGCUGCCACUGGUGGUACACGUACCAUAAUUUUGACAACCAUGUCACUACAACUUCUCUGUAUACAAGUCCCUCUGGUAGAAAGAUUGAUAUAGCGCCAGCAACAACGUCCUACAUGGUCGUGAAAUGUAAAAAAGAUUGCAUCAAAAUGCAAUAUUGGCAGAGCAUCUGUUCAUGCUCAGCUGUCAGCGCAGUGAUCAACACGUUUUUUUAAUAACCGUUGGAUGAAACUCAACAAUCACCUCUGGUUUAAGAGUGCUUUAAUUUUGUCAUCAGGAGGGUCUGUUUUUGUUUUGAAACCAUACAAAUUCAACUGUGGAGUGCACUAUGUACAUGGCACAUAAAUGAUAUUGUGUAUAACUAUUAUCUUAUCACUUGGAGUCUGGGUCCGUCCUUUGGGAUUUUUAGAGUCUUGAAAGUUCAACCUCCCCAGUCUCUUUCCCACAGCGUGAUGUUUGCCAGUCUACAAACAGAUGGAUUAUGUUGCCCGACAAUACCUAACCAAAUGCAGAUUGGAAGGGGGAAAAAACUAUUUGUUGCUGGAAGCUCAACAGCACGCAAAGGGAAUGAGCUUUUGUAAUGUAAUGUAAUUUUUUAAUAGGGCUAAUGACGAAACUUUUCACAGUGAGAUUAGACGUGGUUUUUAGUACACAAAGAGGACUUACAGAGUCCUCUAUUGUUACCCAAUUGUUCAAUGCCCCAAAUCCGGUAGAGUGGGCUUCUCUCAUUUCUCAGAAGCCUUGAGAACACACGACGCUCAUUUCCAUUUUGUGCUUCCAUAAAUUUUAACAUCAAAACUGGGCCUUUCAAGAAGAUCAGGAAUGGAUGAAAUCAGUCAGCUAUUAGGUGGCACAGGACGUGUCCACUCUGACAGCUUCUCCAGUGAUGCCACACAGUCGACAGGCAGUAAAUCUGCUCUGUGCCAUCGACUCAACCAGCUGUUGACCUUUGUGGAUGAUUUGAACCCUGAAGAGGAACUGCACGAGAAAGUGAUGAAAACGCUGCAUAAUGCCUUCCUCGCCUGUGGCAAGACGGCCAAUAAGCCAAAAGAACACCGUUUCAGGCUACACAUGGUCACAUGGAAUGUGGCCACAGCUAAUCCUCCAGAUGAUGUAACCUCGCUUCUUCAUCUGAACUCUCAGACAGUAAGCCCAGACCUCUACGUAAUUGGUCUACAGGAGGUGUCCUCGGGGCUACUAAGUUCUGUGUCACAACUUGUUAACGAUGACCCGUGGAGUCUCCUGUUCAUGUCGACCUUAGGACCACAGAAUUACAUCAAGGUAUCAUCUAUCAGAAUGCAGGGUCUGCUGUUGCUCUUCUUCACCAAACUGAAGCAUGUGCCCUUCAUCAGAGACAUCGUGACAACAUACACUCGUACAGGCCUUUUAGGAUACUGGGGGAACAAAGGUGGUGUGUCCAUCCGUUUGUCCUUCUAUGGCCACAUGUUCUGUUUCCUCAACUGCCACCUGGCCGCUCAUAUGGAAUAUGCCACUGAGAGAGUGGAUGAAUUUGAGUACAUCAUGGACGUGCAGAAGUUUGAAUGUGAAAAGGCUCCAAGUAUUGCUGAUCACAGACUGGUGUUUUGGUUCGGUGAUCUCAACUUCAGAAUCCAGGACCAUGGCAUGCACUUUGUCCGCUCCUGUAUCAGCAAUCAAACCUACAAUCUCCUGUGGAGCAAGGACCAGUUGAUCAUGAUGAAGGAGAAAGAACAGAUGCUUCAGGAGUUUGACGAAGGACCUCUGGACUUUCAACCCACGUACAAGUUUGACUUAAACUCUGACACUUAUGACAGCAGGCGAUUCAGGACAUGGUUUGGCUUUAAUGGAAAAAAGCGCAAACCAGCCUGGACGGACAGGAUCCUGUGGCGACUCAGACCCAAACCACCAAACCCUGACAAGCUAGACGGAAACAUGGAGGAUGUGACGGAGGUCAGGGAGUCAGAGGAGGAGGAAAAGUACCCGAUGACGAUCGUGCAGGACCUGUAUACAAGCAACAUGGAGUAUAGAAUCAGUGAUCACAAGCCUGUCAUUGGUACUUUCACACUUCAGCUGAGGAAGAUGUACAGCACUCCGCUGGUGCAUCUGCAGGCAGAGGGUGAUUGGAGUGCAGACAUUGAUGCCAUGGUCAGCUACACCCCUCUGCAGCAGUUCCCCUCCAGUACAUGGGACUGGAUUGGACUCUAUAAGGUUGGUUUCACCAGCAUGAAUGACUACAUCACCUUCACAUGGGUCAAAGACACCGAGGUGGGCUUCAGUGAAGAAGUCAUUCAGGUGUAUGUUAGUAAAGAGGAAAUCCCAGUGCGGGGAGGACAGUGUCUUCUGUGCUACUACAGCAGUAUUCUGCAGUGCAUCAUUGGAGUCAGUGACCCAUUCAAGGUCCAUGAGUCCAAGGUAGCCAUUGAGGAAGGGUUAAUCCCUGAGAGGAUAAAUGGACUGGACAAAGCCAUAGCAAGUGACUGGUCUUAAGAAGUCAUAGCUGUGAUAUGAGGUAGAGAUGUAGUGGUUUGGUCCCGGAUUUUCUGAAAGAACUCAUAACUGUGCUUGUUUAUCUGGCUGUGAAAGAGCAGGUCAGGAAACACACCACUAACCAUUCUGUUGCUACUGGUGUAGAUUUAGGUUACUCAACACCCCUGUGGUCAGUUCUCCGUUUACAACUGGUCUGUAUGGUCACUUUCUCUGUACGAGGUGUACAUGGUGUAAUUCUGACUAAAAUGAAAAAUUAUCCUUGAAUUUGCAGGUGAAGAUGGAACCUCGAAUUGAAUUUGUCUGACUGAGCAAAAAAAGUGUAGUGUAAAGCAGCUUUGAGUGGUUGUCAAGACUAGAAAUUGUAUAUAAAUACAAACCAUUUAUAAUGAAGACGGCCCUUGAGGCGCAUGUGUGUACCAUGAUGAAAAUAUCUCAACUUUCACCUUUUGAUACGAAGAAGUAGGUCGGACUAGUAAUCCACCAUCUUUAUUCUAAUUUUUAAUGUUAAUUCAUUCAGUGAGGCUGCAGUAACUUCAGUUAUCACAGUUUUAAAUACGUCUGGCUGCUUUCAUGCAUUUUUAGAGACUGCAUAUGAACAGCACCUAUCUGUGUGGGAGGUGCAUGGAGGUUCAACCCUGGUCAUCAUUUCACUUAGUAGGUGGGGCUUCAGCAGAGGGUGUGGCCAUUCGGUAACUGUAUAGAAGAGCCAAAAUACCCUGAAUAUCAGUUCUGCCAUAUUGUGCCGGCAGCACAAGCAACUGUGUAGCCGUGAUACAGCUGCUUGACAAGUUGAACAUUAAUACUCAAUGGUAAAAGGGAUCUACAUUGACAGAUACCAUUUUUGAAAAAAUAUGAUUUUAAACAUACCUUUUAGUUUGGUCCAUGUCCCAUCUGCUGCUGAAGGAGCCAGCCACCAGGGGACCAUCCAGAUGUGGCUUCUGUUUUGGGGAGCUGUCCAUCUUUAUAUAAAGUAAUAUACAGUCAUUGUUGUGACACAUUAGUGAGUCAUAACUCACAGAUAUGAUGCACAUAUUUGAUAAUGUUGUCAUAUACUGAUACUAGUUCAAAGACACUUGUAACGUGUGUAACAUGUGCAGUGCAAACAGCAACAUCUAACUGAUUUACAUUCCUUGGUUUUGUCUGAGUGAAAAGCCCUCAGUUAGGUUCAGAACAGGACCCAAGUGUCCAUAUCUCUCGCUGGUUUUCAGCACACCGAGUACACACAGCACAGUCAGCACUGAGUCAGUAUGUCAUACAACCACACUUUAACCAAACCUUAACGGUCACUUUGUCACUGCUGAAACAAAUAUUCUCUGCUGACUUAGCGAAGAUAAAGAGAGAUGUAUGACGUGUGCUGUCACUCUUUCUUAAAGUUUCCCUUUACUCAAAGAAAAACAAGAGCUUCGUAUCAGCAGGAGAUCGUAUUCAAGACGAAAAUGUCCCAUCUCAAACUCCUAGAUAAUUAUCAGUAAUAAAAACAGAUUUCAUUUACUUGGGUUUGGGGAGAGAGAGAAUCGGAGCGUUUGUUUGGUAAUUCCCUCAGACGCCAGAGAAGCCCUUCAACACAGAAAUGAAGAUUUUAUUGAGGUGACAUUUUCCUUUAUAAAUAGAAGAUGUUUCGACUCCGUCUUUGUACUGUCCAAAAAGCAUUGCUGUACAAUGUUCACUUAUUUAUACUUUUAAAUGUAAAUCAUUUUAAAUAUGCCUAUAUAUCAUCUUGCUGUGUAAAUGGACUGCUGAACAAAGAUCAUGUGAUUUUCUCCCUUUAUUUUAAAUAACUUCAGUUGUUCCUGAGAACUUGAGAUUUCUAAUAUAAUUUAAAAUGUUUGCUGGCUUGUUAGCACAUACCAGCACUAGUUCCACUAACUGCUCGCGACUUAAUACUGUGAUGUGAAGGAAUAAUGGAGAAAUAUGUUACACAGUGUAUCGUAAUGAUUCAGCAAGUGCCUUUGAAAUGACUGAUGCUUUACCUUUACUGCACUGUUCUAUGCUGCUCAGUUUUCAUUCAUUCAUUUUAUCUAAACAGAAAGGUCUCUUUUACUGAAUAUCAUUGGCUUGAUGGAAUCUAUUGUUAGCCAGUUUAUGUCACUAUUUUAUUUUGUGUAUGAACUGAGGAGAAUCAUAUUUCUGUUAUAUCUGUUAAAUGACAGCAUAAUGAAAUGUACUGUAAGGUAACAAAUAAAGGCAAAUAUAAGUCUCA